AUGGCGACCAUGCUUUCGUUUGGGAUGUUAUCAGCCAAGAUAGUGAAUAUCUCGGUCCAAAGCACUUGUGAGGAUAUAUGGGAUGGAACAGAUUUCACAUCUUGCUUCAAAGACCGAUAUAUAUCUAAUGUCCCCUUCCUUAUUAUUGGCCUAUCCCUUUUAUUCAUCCUAUACAACUGGAUCGUGUCUCACUAUCUUUCAUCCCCUUAUACUCCGACUACACCAGAAACUCUCAUUUCUCCAUCGACUACUUCCGAUCUCACCAAAUUCGAAGCAGAUGUGAUAUUGGAUGCUGUAGCCUUGAAUCUCCUCCCCCCGAUUCAAGGCGAACCAGCAAAAGGGAGACUAGCGAAAGGAGAAGCUGAAAAUGUGAUCACUGAAUGGAAAGAGGAUGCUCAGAAAUCAGAAACCAAAUGGAGAAGGUGGAGAUUCUGGGUUGCAUUUCUGGGUGCAUUAGCAUGGUUCGAAUUGGAGAUUGCAAAAGGGGUGGUAGAGGGUGAUUGGAAAGGUGUUGUCUUUCCUGCAUGGUUGGCCCUGAUAGCUCUCAUACCCUCGUCUCCCCUUACAGCAAUCUUGACAGUCCACCUGUUACCCACCCUGAUCAUGUUCAGAUCAAAUAUAGUGCAACCUCAUACUUCACGUCUGAGAAUCGCUAGCGGUGUACUGGAGAUGGUGUAUUGGGUAGCGUUAAUUAGCAUACCUUAUUCAGAAGGAUUGGAUAGGCUACUGGAAGGAGGUGUCUCGCAAGGGGGAAGCAGCUCGGGUAGUUACGGUACAAAAUUGAACAAACAUUGCGAAGAACCCACAUCAACCUUUUCCAGAGCGACUUAUAGCUUUCUUUUCCCCCUUCUUUUCAAGCAUUACUUCAAGCCUAUCACGCUUGAUGAUAUUCCGGCCAUAAGAGAAGAUGAUUCUUCUGCUUCUUCUCUAGGCGCAUUUCGAGCAUAUAGAGCGAAGAGAGAUAAAGACCAUUUGAAGAAAAAAGGCGGGAAGAGAACAAGAAAUUUAGGCGCAGAUUUGUUCUGGUUCUUCUUUCCUGAGCUGGUGACACAGUCUGUCUGGGCCAUCACCUUCAUCACCUUUCAAUAUCUCCCGCCUACUGGUCUCCGGUUACUGCUUCAAUACGUCAAAGAGCGAGAAAUCUAUUCCACACCGAGUCACGUCGCAGUACUAUACGUUGCUAUGAUGGCUGGCGGUCAGAUUCUCAGCGUCAUUCUUAUGGGUCAAUCUCUAUACAUCGGGCGACGUUUAUGUAUCCGACUGAGAGCGAUUAUUAUAUCUGAUGUUUUUGCUAAAGCUCUUCGAAGACGUGAUCUAUCCGGGAACGUGAAAAAGACAAAAAUUGAUAAGAAUGGCAAAACCGUCGAUGAUCCUGAAGCAGCCGCCAGUGAAGGUAAAAUUGCAAACCUGGUUUCGGUGGACGCAUUCAUGAUUUCCGAGAUCUGCGCCUAUAUUUAUUAUCUUGUUUCAUGUCCUUUCGCUAUCAUUCUCAACUCGUUUCUCCUAUACAAGACCCUUGGUGUGGCAUCUUUCGCAGGUACAGUAGUCUUGAUUGCUCUCAUGCCACUUCAAGGUGUGAUUGGCCGAUUGUAUACCAUUUAUCAGAAGAGGUUCAUGGCUGCUACCGAUGCAAGACUAGAAAGUAUUACAGAAGUAAUAGCACACAUCAAGCUCAUCAAGUUCAAUGCUUGGGAAAACAAGUUCUUCGAUCGUAUGAGUGAAACUCGAAAGAAUGAAUUGGGUGUAUUGGCCUAUAGAUUCGCCACCACGACUCUUUUUCAAGUCUUUGUUUGGGGUACACCUGUACUAGUCACUGGCGUGGCCUUUGCAGUACAUAGCAUCGUAUUAAAACAACCUCUUACAGCGGAUCGAGCUUUCGCUUCGUUGAUCUUGUUCAAUAUGCUUAAAGAUCCCUUGGCUCUUUUCCAAGAUACUCUGACUCGACUUCUUCAAGCAUAUACGUCGUGUGUUAGAAUCCAAUCAUAUCUCGAUGAACCCGAUACUCUCAAAUACCAACAACUUUCAACUCCUGGUCCAGGCGAACCUGCGAUUGGCUUCAAGAAUGCUAUUCUAGGAUACGCAAGUCAAGAAGAUAUGCAGCACCUAAAUGACGAAGAUGCGGAUCCAUUUGCUCUUGGAGAGUUAAGCCUAUCGUUUCCAGUCGGAGGAUUGAGCGUCAUUGCUGGUCCGGUAGGUUCCGGAAAGACUACUUUAAUUCUUGGGCUAUUAGGCGAAGCCAUGUUACUUCAAGGGAAAGUCUUCAUGCCCGAUGAUCAUGCCAAUCGAGAUAUCUGUCCCAUCGAUAAAUCAUCCGGAUUGUCCGAUACGAUCGCUUAUUGCUCACAAACGCCUUGGUUGAUUGGCGCGUCCAUUAGGGAUAACAUCGUGUUUGGAUCAGAAUGGGAUUCCAAAAGAUACAAUCUUGUUGUCGACGCCUGUGCUUUGAGGAGAGACUUCGAAAUAUUCGAAUUGGGGGAUCACACUGAAGUAGGCGAAAAAGGAACUACUUGUUCAGGUGGACAAAAAGCUCGUAUCGCCCUUGCAAGAGCCUUUUAUUCACCAGCAAAGACUAUCAUUCUUGAUGAUGUCUUGUCCGCUGUAGACGCUCAGACCGCAAGGCACCUGUACGACAAUAUUUUACAAGGACAAUUGACAGAAGAUAGAACGGUGAUCAUGGUAACUCAUCAGGUCAAUUUAGUAGCUCCUGCAUCAAAAUUCAUCGUGAUGUUAGAUAAUGGUCAAGUGGUAGCAGCUGGAACACCAAAUGAGCUUCUAUCGUCUGGACAUAUCGAUCAUUUGGGAGAAAGCGACCCUUCCACACCAACCGCCAGUUCGUCCACUUUCACUGCUGAAGACGACCAGACCACCGAUAAAUUGAUUGAACCAGUUUUGGAUUCCGAACCGACCGACGCGCUUGAAACCGUCAAACAAGUCGAAGCUGAUAAAGCAGCCGAAACUACCGAAGAAGUCAAAUUAGAUAAGCGAUUGGUAGCGGCUGAAAGUUCAGGACAAGGCAUGGUGGAUAUCUCGACUUAUUGGCUGUAUUUUAAAUCUAUGGGAGGUGGAUUAUUAUGGUUCAUGGUCGUUUUCGCUUUCAUUUCAAGUACAUUAUUGCAAGUUGGAAACAAUGCUUGGAUCAAAGAAUGGGCAAAUUCCAACGAUAGAGCUUCGACCUCGACUUCGCUAACUAUACUUUCUCUCAUCCAAUCUAGAAAAGAAAUAAUGGAAACUAUUCAUAUCGAAUUGUCAAAAGAAAGAUCAACCUUGUUCUAUCUUGGUGUAUAUUGGGGUAUAUCAGCUUGUUAUAUCUUAGGCGUAGCUGGUAAAACCGCCGUUACAUUCUUUGGUUCUUUGACUGCAAGUCAGAGUUUAUAUAGUAAAUUGGUUAGAAGAAUAUUAGGUGCUAAAAUGAGAUUUUUCGAUUCUACUCCUUCUGGUCGGAUUAUGAACAGAUUGAGCAAAGACAUGUCUUCAAUAGAUCAAGAGGCUGCGGAAAUCUUGAUGUAUUUCUUCAAUAACUGCUUGGCGGCUUCGGCAGUCUUGGCAGUAGUGACUUUCUCAACUCCUGCAUUCCUCAUUGCCCUUGUUUUGAUAGUGUUUGCGUAUUGGCUACUAGGUUCAUUGUAUGUAGCUACUAACCGAGAGAUCAAGCGAAUCGACAGUGUCACUCGAUCGCCCAUCUUCAUCUCGUUCUCCGAAGUCUUGGUCGGGAUGUCAACCAUAAGGUCUUAUGGUGAUAGUGCAAGAUUCACGCGGAAACUGUUCCAUGAAUUGGAUCAAAACACUCGAUGUUUCUGGUAUCUAUGGCAGAUCAAUCGACUCUUAAACAAUUUCUCCAAUUUCAUAGGAGCGUUCGUAACUAUUUUUGCUUCUGUUUUCGCUUUGAGAAACCCCAAAAUGGACGCCGGAGCUGUGGGACUAUCUAUCACUUAUGCUUUGUCGUUUACUGAAUACGUACUAUGGGUGGUAAGGAUGUAUGCUGCAAGUGAAAUGAGUAUGAAUAGUGUCGAGAGAGUUGGCGAAUAUCUCGAUCUCGAAGUUGAGGAAGAGGAAACCGCCAAAGGUAUCGAGCCUCCUGCUCAUUGGCCAACAAGAGAUGGCAGUGUCGUGGUCGAGAAUCUGACAUGUCGAUAUGCUCCUCAACUCGAUCCAGUCCUUCGGAAUGUCUCUUUUACUAUAGGGCCAAGAGAGAAGAUCGGCGUUUGUGGAAGGACAGGCUCAGGUAAAAGUACCCUCGCGCUGUCAUUCUUCCGAUUUUUACAUCAAGAUGGCGGUAAGAUUACCAUCGACGGAUUGGAUAUAUCCAAGAUGAGUUUGCACGCUCUACGAUCCAGGCUGACAAUCUUGCCUCAAGAGGCCCAGCUGUUCUCAGGAACGGUGCGAGAUAACCUCGAUCCAUUCGAUCAACAUGAAGAUUCGUCCAUAUGGGAAGCUCUAUCGCAAUGUGGAUUAAUAGCUAAAUCUAGAUAUCCAUCAAGAGUACAAUCCAAAGCGGAUUUAACCAAUCUUGCCACGCCGACGAAAUCCCCGAAUGCUAAAAGGACAUUAAGGGGUCAAGCUAGUGUGAGGAGUCUCAUGAAGAAAGUGAAUAGUAAAUUGGAAACUGUACAACAAGGAGAAGACGGACAAUCUACCGAACAAGGAGAAGCUGAAGAAGAAGAGAGAGUCAUGAUUAGAAGUUUGGAUGAAAAAGUUGCUGUUGGUGGGAAGAACUUUAGUCAAGGACAAAGACAGCUUUUGGCUCUAGCAAGAGGUUUACUCAAACUUCGAUCAUCUUCAUUCUUGAUCAUGGAUGAAUCGACAGCGAAUCUUGAUCACGCAACCGAUGCUACAAUCCAGAAUGUCUUGAGAACUGAAAUGAAGGAUACCCAAAUGAUAGUCAUUGCCCAUAGAUUGAUGACCGUCUGUGGAUUAGACAAGAUAUUGGUUCUUGACCAUGGAGAAGUGGUCGAAUUUGGUACGCCGUACGAGUUGAUGCUCAAGGAAGGAGGGUCAUUCAAGGAACUGUGUAAACAAUCAGGAGAGGAAAUGCAGCUUCUAGAACUUGCCAAACAGGUACACGAGAGCAGAUAA